UCUCCGCGCGCUGUCUCCUAGCGCCGCAUCAACUUGCUUGCAUGCAGAGUAAGUCUAGUUUGGUUUUGAUCAGUGUCGCGUGCCGUCGACGCGCCGGCUUUGCGCAUCUCUUGCUUUCUUAUCAUAUACUGUUCCGUCGUUGUUUACGCAGGUUCGGCAUGCACUAUCGGUGUAUUGCAGCCAUUUUCGUGCCGGUCGCUUGUUAAUCCAGUGGUGUUUUGAGAGACUUAUAUCGUUUAUUCGGAUUUCAAUAUUCUGAAUUUGUGUUAUACUCGAAGAUCAAUCGACUAUUUAUUUGUACUUUGCGGCUAUAGUAAUUUGUUUAAUGAUCGGAAAUGCCGGUUUUUGAUCGCGUUUGUUAUGUAUAUUACAAGUCACGUGAUGGUGGAUUUGAUAACAUUCUUCACUCGGCGUUGUGUUUACUGUCGGUUACUAAAUUCAUCGGAUAUAUAUCGCCCCCAUGUUGAUUCUCAUCAUUAAGAAAGAUCCAUCAGGCUCGUCACUCGUUGUGCCUGGGAGUCCGAUAAGCUGUACACUGCCCAAUUGGUAUCCUUUGGUUACCAAAUAAACAGUUUGCUCUUCAAUUACUCUGGUUCGUAGUUUCAUUUAUUCUUGUCGAUCUUUGAGCAAAUCUAUUUAAUUAUUUAUUAUGGAUGAACAAGAACAAGAAUUAAAACGAUUACGUCGUCAGCAUCGCAUUUUGGUGAACGACAAACAUGCACUAAAAGGUGCAUAUGGAAUGAAAUCCUUGCAUCAGAAAAAGAUAUUAGAAACGAUGCGUCAGGAGCUUGCAGAUCUUAACUUGGCAAAAGCCAGAGCACAGCGUACAGCUGAAGAUCGCCGUCUUGUUGCCAGAGUGAGGUCUCUCAUUCGUUGUUAUGAGUCACAUAACAAAGCAAUCCAAAUUCAAAAUGGUGAAAUUGAAGAGAUUGAGAACCAAAUUAAAGUGAUGGAAAGCAAAAUUAACGCAGUCCGAAAAUACGAUGUGCGUAAUAAAGAUGAAGUCGAUGACGCUGAUGCAAAAGGUCAACUCCAAAGAUUUGAGAAUAAACUCGAAACACAGGUCAAGCAGUAUUGUGCAAUUUUGGCAGAUAAUAAAGAAUUGCGGAAAGAAGUGAUGUCACUUUUAAAAGAUAGGCAAUUGUUUAACGAAAAAUAUAACAAACUUGUGAGAAAUUUGGCAGUAGGUAAGCGUCAGCUAUUAGAAACAAUGGAUAGCGCAAAAUCUGUGUAUGACCAACGUGAAGAGUCUUUGCAGAAACUGAAUGCACUUUUUGUCAAGUCAAAAUUAAUUUAUACAGAUCACGUAGAGCAAAUGGCGGAAAUGAAACGCCAUCUUGAUGCACAAACACAACUCGGAAAGUUUAUGAGAUCCAAAGGUUGUAGUCGUAUAAUGGCAGAUCUUGAACGUAAAGAGAAUGAGAAACGUCAGGCUGCUUGGGACAGUCAACAGCAUCAGUUUGACUCAUAUAUGCGAAUGAUUGAUGAAAUACGUGAUUUUUUUGGUGAGCAAGAUAUAAGUCGCAUUGCUACAAUUUUUGUUAGAAAGGAAAAUGAAAAUUUUGCUUUAUUUAACUACGUAAACAUUCUGAAUGGAGAAAUUGAUACAUUAACAGAUGAAACUAUUGAACUACAAAAGAAAAUAGAAUUACAACGAGAGCAACAGAAAAAAGAAAACGAACAUCAAGCUGUAACCCUGAAAGAGCUGGAAAACAUGCUUCUUGUAGCUAAAGAGGAAAGUAGCAAUGCUGAAGUAAGCCUGGAGCAAUCAGAAAAUAAUCUUAAAAUAUUAAUGACUGAGUUGGAGAAUACGUUUGGAAUACUUAAAUGUGAGAUGUCACCCAUUCAUAAUUUAUUAGAUGAAAGCGACAAAAUUUCAGUUAGAAAUAUACUAACACAUAUGGAAAUUUUUGACGGAAAGUUAGCCGGUUUAAUUACGGGCACUAAAGAACGGUGGAUGGGAGCACCAAUUCGAAAAUCAUUACACUAAUAUUACUUACAGCACAUUAUGACACAUAAUUUAGAUAUAGUUAAGAAGAGACACAGUGAUGCACGUAGUUUACCUAAACUAUUGAUUUGGGGUUUGUUCUUUGUUGUUCGUUCUUUUAAGCUUCUUGGUAGAAAUUGGCUAAAUAAAUAUAAAUUGCUGUAAAAUUUUUGUGGUUCUGCGAUUUUUUCAAACCUUGCGAUGGAAAUCAGAUGUUAUCUUGGAAGCCGAUUAUUAUAUUUUAGUUUUACGUUUAAUCUAAAAGUAAUUCUUAAUGAUGCACAAUUGCCGCCCCCAGAAAUAACACGAAAAUUGUCUUAAAAUUACUUUCAAAAUUCCGUGUUAUUGUGAAUUUGUCAAAUCUGCGAUGAAAGUGGGUGAAAUUAUGUACAGAUUGUCUUAAGAAAUUGCUCGUUUCCUUGGGUAACGUUUGUGACCUCUUGAACGAUGUACCAUUACCUGGACCUUACUUUGCACAUACAAGUUAUAUGAACAGAACCCGAUGACCAAACAAGAAUCAUUAGUUAAGACGCAAUCAUGAUAUUUAUUUCAAGCGCAGUAAUUAUUUAUUUCAAACGUAAUUAUCAAUUUCUAGAAUUCAUUGUCUCAAAGUCACCUAAUUGCGCAUUUCCUGUUUCGUUGCGCAUCUUCUCUUCAUAUUUAUUUAAAACGCAUAUUAGAGCCAUAUAAAUAGAGCGCAGACCUAGACCUAAGCGAUUAUUGUAUCAUCCAAGUUCGUUGAAUAAACAAGUGAAAGUUAACAA